AUGUCGUCGUACUACGGAUACAACCCUCACGUCACCCCCCACACCCACCAUGGCGGUCGCAACCGCAGGGCUCCUCGCCUUACCAUGACCCAAAACACACAGAGGCAGUUCCGCGGAGUCCGCAGCAUGAAGGAGCUCAACGACUCGGCCUCCCUCCACGCCUUCCGCAACAAGUUUGAGGCUGGUCGCUCCUUCGAGCUCGAAGAUGACCUCGAGUUCUGCCCUGGCCUGCUCACCGAGACGGACGUGAGUUAUCCUGCCACACCCACCUCCUCUUCCCCUCCGCUCACACAUGGACAGAUCGUUUCCAUCUCGAGCGCCUCGGAACGCUCCUCGCUGGCCAGCAACUCCCCCCAGUCCUCGCCCACCCAGCAGCCUCAGUCGGUCGCCCCCACCUUCUCCCUCAACACCUCGUCGCCUCCCUUCAUCCCGCCCUCCAGCUACCAGGCCCAGCAGGCCAGCCUCAAGCUCCACCAGCCCGCUGCCACCCGUGGCCGCAACGCCAUUCCCAUCGUCAACCCGACGACUGGUAUCUCCAUGUCGAGCCCUCCCUCGUCAGUAUCUCCUGCCAAGAUGCAGCAGUCGAUGGGUCGUCUAUGGUAG